AUGAAAACGCAAGGUAUCCGAUACCCCGGCGCGGACACGGUCGUGCUCCAGUCAGCCGACGACACGCUCCAACCAGUCUCGCGCUCCUUCCUCGCCCGGCACUCCUCAUUCUUCGCUGACCUCCCGCCAUUCCUCCGGUCAGGGGAGGCUGGCCACCCUAUACUACCUCCCCCUUCGUCAACAUCCGCCGGACUCGCCGUCGUCAUCCGACUGUUACCUCUCGUCCCCACACCGGAAAACCGCUACGACCGUCCAUGGCUGAAUCGGCCAGCCCGGGAUAGGCCUUUGAGAGAGAUCGGUCUCGAGGACCUCGGAAUCGUCGAGGAUGCGAUCCUUAUCGCGCGGACAUACGAGAUGGACACGCUGCUCAAGGAGAUGGGAGACUUGGGAUACAUGGAGCGUCUAGAUCGCCCGCUCUUCUCCUGGGCACGAACCGUGCUCGUAUCCUCCGACUACAAUCACGAAGAGGCGAUCAUGGCGACUUUGCGCCCCGCCGAGUCGCUACCAGAGACGGCGAGGGAGAUUCUGGAGCGGGCGGAUCCGGAGCAGCUGGAGCGGUUCAUUGCCGUCCGGGCGGAAUGGACAGAAGUCACAAGGGUGCUGAGACAAGCGCUGCUGUCCGGGAAGCCAGCGGCGGAUUGGAGUGAUGCAAAGGUCAGGGGUCAUUUUGCCAUUUUGCCGGUGUCGGGCGGGAUGGAUGAAGCGGGUAUGGCAGGCGCAAAGGGAAGUGGCAGCGGCGGCGGUGUGCAGGAUGGCUAUCCAUUGCGACGGGGACUGCCCGUCCUAUCGGUCUCGACCACUUAUCGACGCGAUUGUACCAUGCGCCGCCUGCGCGGAUCGGCUCGAGAUGACUUUCCGGGGCCCUCUGCGGGUGUUUUGGGGAGAUACUUGCCGAUUCGUUUUCAAAAGGGCGUGGGGCUGAUACUGGCUUUGCGAUUUCUUGAUAUCGCUGCAGAAGACAGGAUCUGCGCUCGGUCCUAUCCACUUCAUCAUUUUGGCCGUGUCGAUUUAUUGAGAUACCGAUCCAGUCUCUCGCUAGCUAGACCGCUAGCGGGCCGGACGACUCAUCGAGGUCAGUCCCACGCGCCACCCUGUCAAGACGGCGAUGCACCGGGGCCAGGAGUAUCGCCGGCCGAGCGAGACCCUCGUGCGGCAUUUGUGCUUGAUGGGUUUAUUGGCUAG